GCUGACUAUUGGGCUUUUCUAUGGACGCGAAGCAGCAGAUUAUAGCACUCCUCUCUCCCCACAAAACACAACUCAGUAAACCACCGGAAGACGAUACGAACCGUUAUAUUAACAGCCGUCGACGAAGUUCACAAGACGCGACGCCGGAGAGAAAAAGUCGAGGGAUCAACACUUUCGACGAUUUUUCAUUUCUCUUUUUAACUAAUCGAUAGGUCUGUAGUUGUAACCAGCAAAAAAAGAGAGGGUUUUCUUGGUUUAUAAGGGUUUCGUAUACAAAGUCGAGUUUUUUUGGGGUGAAGUAAUGGCGAGUGCAGCUACAAUUGAGACGGAGAAAUACUCCUUAUUAGAAGAUUUUAAUGUUGAUGUUGAAGUAGACGAUGAAGAAUACGAAAGUUUCUCCCUUUGUUUCUGGGUUUAUCUUCUUAAUUCCACCACAUUCCCAUCUACCAUCAUUAGACAGGUUCACUCAGACAUGAGUGUUAGUGCACCUUUCCUUGUGCUAGAUGAAAACAAGAAGAUGAUGCUUUUGCCAUUGACUCUCCUUCACAAGGAAGCUCCUGAUCCUGUAGACACUUCUUCCUGGACACAAGUUCCUAGCGUUUCUACAAAAUCCAAGUUUCCUCUUGAAAAAUGGGUUCAUGUGGGUUGUGAGGUUUCUAGAAAUUUUAUGAGGCUUUUUAUUGAUGGAAAUAUGGAAGGAGAGCAGUUCGUGACUUCUUUGCUGACAAAGAACGCCUAUCCCGAGUGUCCUCGAAAGAUAUCGCUAUUUAGUGUUGGCGGAGAUGGUUAUAGCGUACAAGGUUUCAUCCAAUGUGCAGAAGUCUUACCUGCUAGUGAUCACGUGGAGCAUCAUUAUAUGAAGGACCCACCUCUAAUGUUAUCUGUCAAUAAAUCAUCCUCAUCGGGGAUCAAAUUAGAUGAUUGUGGUGUUUGGCAGGCAUCUUGCAAGGAGAUGUUUUCCUUGGAUGUUCUUUUAUCCAAUGCCAUUGGCCAGCCUGUGCACAAGGAUGUGGAGGUUGUUGCAUCACUACUGUAUGCCGAUACACUUCCGGAGGCCAAGAUGGGUGAAGCUGAGGCUCCUCUUUUGAUAAGAGAUGAAGGAGUUCAAUUCUCAUCUGAUGAUAGACCGAUCAAACUAUUAAAUGGACGCUCAUCCUUUAAGCUAAAGAUCUCUCAGCUUUCCUCCAAUAGUGAUGACAGAUUGUUCUGGAUUAAAUUUGGAAUACGAAAUGCUAAAGAUUAUCCUUUCCUUCAAGCUGUUUCCAAUCCAAUCCGUUGCAUUUCGGUCAGUCCUGAAGUCCAGCCAGUUUCAGUUACUCCGAAAAGGUUGACCAAUAUUGACCAUCUAUCAAGUACCGAAUCCCCGGAUCUUCUACAGAACACUUCGUCAGUUAAACGAAUCAGGUUGGGAAAAGAAAGUGUUUCUGGAAGCGAGGAAUCAUAUCAACAAUGCAACUCUCAUCCUCAAACCUCGAGACAGUUUGAGAACGGAAAUGGCAUGAGAUUGCACGAAGAAGAUAACUCCUCAAUUGAUUCAGAGAACUCGGAAAUGAGAUACACAAUCUCAGAUUCCACCAUCUUUAAGUACUGCCUUGGAAACUUAAUCGACAAAGCUCUACUUCUAAAGGAAAUCACAAACAACUCAUCAGACGAUGAAGUUUUGGAAUUUGCAAAUCAGGUUUCUCUGUACUCUGGAUGUUCACACCAUAGCUAUCAAAUCAACAUGGCAAGAGAGCUAAUAGCAGAAGGAACAAAUGCAUGGAUAUUGAUAUCUCGGAACAAUCAACAUGUUCAUUGGGAUAAUGUGGUCUAUGAGAUUGAAGAACAUUUCAUGAGGAUUUCAAAAUGCAGCAGUAGAUCUCUCACCCACCAGGAUUUUGAGCUUCUAAGGAGAAUAUCAGGAUGCUACGAGUACAUAACUCAGGAGAAUUUUGAGAAAAUGUGGUGUUGGUUGUUCCCUGUUGCUUACUCCAUAUCCCGGGGCUUGAUAAACGGAAUGUGGCGUUCUUCAUCGCCUAAAUGGAUUGAAGGAUUCAUCACCAAGGAAGAAGCUGAACAUUCGCUUCAAGGCCAAGAACCAGGAACCUUCAUACUACGUUUCCCUAUUUCAAGAACUUGGCCUCACCCUGAUGCUGGUAGUUUGGUUGUGACUUAUGUCGGUCAUGAUUUCGCUCUUCAUCAUAAGCAACUCAAGAUCGAUAACAUCUGCGAGUAGACUUCUCUCUAUUUUAUCCUCAUCCCUAAACAAAAUCGUCUUGUUUCAUGAAAUGUCUGAUUCAAAUAACAUUUAUUAUCUGCAGAAGUAGUGAAAGGUACAUGGAUGCAAAACCGCUGCAGGAUAUGUUGUUGGCUGAACCUGAGCUCUCUCGGUUAGGAAGGAUCAAAAGAAGCCACUGAAUGUUAUGCAUUUUCCAAUAUACAGACACUAAAUCUCUCUUACAGUUAGUAAAUUUUGUAUAAGCUAAGAGGGCUUAGCUAAAUCAGUCUCAAAUUAAUGUAAAAAUCACAAUUUGCAAGGAUUUUUUGAAUAAUUGUUCAUCUUCUUUUAGAUGUUGAGGCUCAAAAGUUGUAAAAUCUUGCAAUAUUACUGAUCUUCUUAUACAUGUUGAGUAUAAAGUCAACGACAAAAACUAGGUAGUAGCUGG